AUGAAGUAUGUGACUGAGAUGAGUGUUCCAGAAGUGGAUUCUACAAGACUGGAUGAAAUUCUCAACCAGCAAAAGAGGCCAAGUGAUGUGCAUUUCUGUCCUGAUCUUGUUGACCUGCCUGGAUCUAAGCUUGGUAACUUGUUCAAGAGUUAUGAUCCACCCCAGGUGAUUGAAGGUGUCAGCUCUCCGUUUUUCUUCAUGGGAACAAGAGAUGAAAAUGCCCUUCAAAAGGAUGCUGCGGGAUUGAACAUGCUGGAACCAAUGUCAUAUCUGGCAUUGGUUGAUGAGAAGAACUUCAUCUCCAACCAAGUCGUGCCAUUCUUGAUUGGGCUGCAAUCAAGUGGUGACAAACUGUCAGAAGAACUGCGAAAACAACUGGAGGGUUUGAGAAUCACCCUUAACGACCACACUUUAAAAGGACCAUAUGAUGCUGACCCCUUCAAGUACACUCCAUCAGAUGCUAAGGAGAUCCUUGAAUGCACUGAUGAACAACGUGAUGCAAUGGACAGGGGAUGCCAGAUGUAUCGUCAAGUGUACGAAGCACACUUCAAGCCCACGGUAGCCUUGUUCCUGAGGCUGUUGAAAGUUGAUGCCUUCUACAAGGAGAAGGAGUGGGACUGUGAACUGGUUGACUUGGGGCCGUAUCCCCGAAAAGUGACUCCUUGUGCCUCCAAACAGGCACAAAGUGAUCAUAUGGAAGGGAGGCUGAAGUCAAUCUUCGAUGUGAAAAAAAAUCUGGACAACCUUGAAUCAAUAUGUCGAAAGGAAGUCAUUGGGCAUGACACUGCCCAAGUCAUCUAUGUUUCCCAAGGAUUGUCCAUUCGUCUGGAUGAUCAUGAACUCUUCAUCAUUGCAGUGAGGAAUGCGUUAAUGAUGAAAGUAUCACCGUGGACAAUAAAGAAAAGUGAUGCUGCAUCAAACGAAGCAAAAUCAUCAAUUCAUGACAUCUGCAGAAGGAUGUUUUGGCCAGGGCCAACAUUCAAAACAAUUGUGAACCCUGUCCGCCGAAAUAUUUUUGGUAAAUCAAGUGACAAGAUUGAUUUCCAUCAUCAACGUCAAACAACCAUGAUGAAAUACUUCGAGGCUGUGUACGAGUUUGUGCGGAGGUCGAUCCUUGACGAAAAAAAAGCAGAGGGCAUCAAGCCCCCAUCAAUACAACCAUACGAAAAAGUAGUGAAGGUCAUCACUGAAACCUUGAGGAAUAGACUUUCCCACCUCAGAGACAAGGAAAACAAUGCCAUCCUAACAAAGAUAGGAGCAAAUGUGAAGUGAGGAGAAUACAAGCUGGAUACCAACAAUACAAUAGUUCCUGGAUCCCUCCGCUUCAUUUCCACUGGCAAUGAACCUGACAGACGACCUGAUGAAUGGCAUCAAUAUCGCCUUGUUCCUGAUCUUGUUGAGAGGAAUGUGAAAAGUGGGAAAAUUGUUGAACGAUACCACAGAAGGAGCACAACGCCCUUGGACAAGAUUAUUGAUUUUAGUCCAAUAAGUAACAUGCCAUUAGAGGAAAUGCAUCUGUGCGACGGUGGUGCUAUCCCAGCAACAUUGCGCUUACUAUUCAACAUAAAACCUAAGAAAGAAAAGAAGAAGAAAGCCGUGAAGAAAAGAAGAGUCAAACAUGUGAAGAAUAAGCCUGCAUUGGAAGGCCAAAGGUUAUCCCAUCUAGGAUCAAGAAGCGGCAAACAUGUGGUUCAGCAAAUAGUGCGUCGUUUAUUAGCUUUGAAGAAAUACAGACAGCCAGUCAAGUUUAAUGGAUGGGAAAUGGAUGAUCAUGAUGUAUCCUACCAAGCUGAAUUGGAUCGAGUACGUGCAAAUGGAAACAAGAUGGACUUUCCUCCAUUCUUUGUUAAAAGAUACGACCCUGUUAAACAAGUUGUGGAGUGUGAAACAUUCACUGUGUCAUUAAAGAAAAUCCCGUUACAAACUGAAGGUGUCAUAUUAUCUUCCAAUAAAAAAUCAAACAUGUCUUCUGAGGCAAAUGAUAUUUCUUCAAUGAAUGAAGAUUAUGUUAGUGUUUUCAGUGACGACAUGAACAAAACUGUCACUGAAGGCUUAGUCUUAGAUGAUGGUACUGUAGUCAUAGAAGAUAAAAUGGAGUGCUUCUUAACAUUCAAAAAAUACUACAACCCGCAGUAUAUUGGGAAUUUCACGGGACAAGGAGUGGACGGAAAUCUGGACGUUCUUUAUGAACGUGGGUCAAGUGAGCCUAAUUGGCGAGGUAGAUACACUGAAGGGAUGAAGCCAAUCAGGCUACCACUACUUUAUGCCUCAAUUGAAUCAUAUGCCACCUUAUUCAAAUUAUGCAUAUGUACGCUCCCAAUUACCUUAAUAUCCGAGUGUGGGAAAUAUGCAUUGUAUCCUCAACCGAAAAAAAACCGAGGGAAGGAUUCCAAGCAUCGGGAACCAGAUCUCUCCAAGCCCUGGGAUAACCUCUCGGAUUAUGAUGAACAUUUACCCAUCACCAAACCAAGGAUUCAAGACAGGAGCUAUGUUGAGGUCAAAAUUAAGCGCUUCCUUGUGAAUGGAUAUGUCAAUCGUUUCUGCAAAAGGCAAAAUAGGGCUGCCUUUAAACAAGUUGGACCUAAGGUGUACAGCCACCUCAUCGGCAGUGACAUGGAUACUACAGAAUUGGAAGAAGAGAGGAAAAUAAAAGGGAAGGAGCUGUUGAACCUAGCAUUUGGACGCCAAUUAGCUGCUACCUCUGAGGAAAGCAAUGAAGCAAAAGAUACAUCCCAGAGGGUCAAAUGGAUACAGAAGAUGUUGGAGGAUCACCUCAACCUCACCCCACCACCGAAGAACCCUCUGCAAGCAGCUUUAGGACGUGAUGUGAAACUUCCACUGGAGAAUUGGGAUGCAGUCCUGAUUUUGAAUAAUCUUCUAAAAGAAAGUCUCAAGGACUCAAACAAGAACAAACUGUUUGAUGAGACGGUUUCCUACUACGUCAGGAUUGGGAAGAAAUGUUGCGGCAACCUUCAAGUCAGGAAGUACCCCAGCACAAAGAUGGUUGCAAAGUACGUCAUUGACACGUUAAGUGAGAAAAUGGGUGACAAACAUGUGGUUGUUGCAGUCGGUGAUCUACUAUUCUCACCUGAAUGCAGAAAACAGUUUCUUCUUGAGGAUAGAACAAAGAGAUUCCUGACAGACAGUCUACAUGAUCUGAAGGCUGAAGCAAAUUCUGUUUACCAUCUACUGGCAUCUGUGGCAAAGAAGUUUGUGGAAUGUACACAGCUCUGCCACCGGGAAGAGCAUAAUGUACUGGCGUACCAAGAAAAAUGGGGAAAAUUCUUCAGUGAAUGGCACCGCAAAGGAAAGCACAUAGUAAAAAGCAAUACAAAUAUUAAGAAAAAACCUGCUGUGGCUCAAUGGGAUGAUGAUGAUGAGGAAUAUGAAGAUAUGAUGGACACUCCAGAAGAAGAAGAAAACUCGCCUCAAGAUUCUGAAACUUAUGUUCCUGCUUCUCAAGAGCGUCAAUAUGCUGGUACACCAGCCAUGAAAAUCGACGUGGGUAAAUAUGAACUUUUUAGACGCGUCAUUGACGCAAUUCUUGACGCUGUUUGGUUUUCCUGGGGACUCUUGGUGGGCGUCAAACUAGGGUCACUGAAACCCAUCUGUUGUUGA